AUGGCUGAGUCAAGUAGCCAUUCAAAAUCUUCACGCACGAAGCGAAGCAGAGACGAAGAAAUAAUCAAUGGCGAAAAGAGGAACAAAACUGGUAAUAAUAAUAGUAGCAAGCAUCCGGUUUACAGAGGAGUGAGAAUGAGGGCAUGGGGAAAAUGGGUUUCUGAAAUACGGGAGCCCCGAAAGAAAUCUCGGAUCUGGCUCGGAACCUUCGCCAACCCGGAAAUGGCGGCUCGAGCUCACGAUGUAGCAGCUCUAGCCAUCAAAGGCAAAAACGCCAUUUUAAACUUCCCCGAAAUCUCACACUUGCUGCCUCGGCCAGACACGUGCUCUCCACGCGACGUCCAGGCCGCUGCAUCCAAGGCAGCUAACAUGGACAAAGUGCCGGAGGUAGUGACUUCACCUUUACCUUCGAUGGCGUCAUCUUCCUCCUCUACGUCACUCGUCUCGACCGUAACGUCGUUACAGUCCGAGGAGGAAAGUGGGGAGGAACAAGCCCAAGAAGAGCUUAGCGAGAUAGUGGAGUUGCCGAGUUUGGAGUCGAGUUACGAGGACUCUGUGGUGGCGCAUCGGGUGGCGGAUUUCGUCUUCGCGGAGGAUGUGGGGUGGGACGACUACAAUCACCAGUGGUUGGUCAAAGAUUGUGGGUUUUUUGGAGAUUUUCAUAUGAUUUCCGGUAAUUUUCAUUGUUGA